AUGUUGCGCCGCGCCUGGAAGCCAAUCGCCACCGCAACAUUUCUCAUAGGCACCCCAGGAUACUUCUACUACGCGAGCAAGCAGUCUACCUUCGACCUCGCCGUGCGUGUGCGCGGGUCAGACGGUAAACCCGCCAUGUCUACCCGCACCUUCUCCCUGCUCUCCUCGCGCGCCGUCACCGAGAGAUUGACUGAGAAAGCCGUAUCCAGUGCCAAAACCCUGGCCGGCGGCAUCACAUGGAAACACACGACCGCGUCUGUGGCCGCCAACGACCCCAUUGAGGAUGCAUCCUCGGACGCCGUCAUAAAGCGCGACCAGUCAGACCCCUCCGCACCGGGAGACUGGCUUUUCUUCACCGUCAUGGACGGUCACGGCGGACCGCAUACAUCUAGACUCCUUUCCAAGACCCUCGUUAAUGCCGUCGUCCUGGAGUUAUCUGGUCUGAUACCGACCGGAAAACCCCAGGACCAGAGCCAGGGACUGCUCGCCUCGAUCCGGUCAUACUUAGGCCGCUCUCCGGCUCCUGCUGCAAAAGAAACACCAGAGAGCGUGUCCUUGGCCAUCCAGAGUGCAUUCAGUAAACUCGACUCCGAAUUGACAAAUGCACCGAUAGCUAUUCUGGCUGCCCAGCUUCGGCAACAAGGAAAGGACAAAGUCCUGCCCGACCUUAGCCAGCACCCUUUGGGCAUGCCCUCCAUGCUACCAGCGGUCUCCGGGAGCUGUGCUCUGAUGGCUAUGUUCGACACGGCGCACAACGACUUGUAUGUGGCCUGCUCUGGUGACAGUCGCGCGGUGGCCGGUAUAUGGGAGGAGGGUGCUAGCGGCAAAGGUUCGUGGCGUGUCGAGGUGCUCACCGAAGACCAGACAGGCCGGAACCCUUCGGAGCUGAAACGGUGA